AUGCGACCGUCCGCCCUCCCCUCGCUGCUCGCGCUCCUCCUCGCCGCCCUGCUCUCGAGCCGCUCGAGCGCCGCAACGCCGUCCUCGCGCGUUCGUGUCGAAGCGGGCGAGCCGGAUGGCGAAGGGAGACCGACGAUCAGCCUGUCCAUCGACCCGGCAGAGGGCUUCACGAUGGUCAUGGCGUCGUACAAGCGCGACGAGAACCUUCCUCCACUCAUCAAACACCUCACGACGAACCCGCCGUGCUCCCUGCGACAUCUUGUCAUCGUGUGGCAGAACGUCGGAGUCGACUUGCCAGACUUCCUGAAUGCGACGGCGCUCGAGCGGUACUCGACGUCCGGCGUCGUUGUCACUGUGCGCAAAAGCAAGAAGAACAGCAUGAACGAGCGGUUCAGGCCGAUGCUCGACUGGGACGAGGAGAUCUACACCCGCGCUGUCAUGAUUGUCGACGACGACGUUGUCCUGCGAAAGGAUGCGCUCGAGUGGGGUUACCAGGAGUUUGAGAAGGCGGCGCAAGUGGGAGAAAGCCGCCUGACUGGGUUCAUGGCGCGCGACUUUGACGGCGAGCAGGGCGACUGGUCGUACACCUUGCGGCCGAAGAAGACCUACUCGAUGGUCUUGAGCAACGCUGCGUGGCUGAAGAAGGAGUGGCUUGAGAAAUACUGGGAGGACUCGGCAGAGAUGCGGUCGCUGCGGGACUAUGUCGACGAAGUCAUGAACUGCGACGAUAUCCUCAUCAACUACCUCGUCUCGAACAUCACCGGCAACCCUCCCCUACUCCUCCAACCAAAGACACCGCUGCGAAUCAUCGGCGGGGACGGCAUGUUUGCGCGCGGCUCGAUCGCUGUCGACGAGGAUGGCGCUGAGGUCGACGAGGAGCCUGUAUCGGACACCGGCGACGUCGCUGGCAUCCCCUCCGCCGGCCACUUCUCCCAACGCAAGCUCUGCCUCGAGCGGUACUUCCAGCACUUCGCCCAAUACGCUCCCUCCGGCGCGUCGUUACACUAUCCGCUCAUCAAGACGAGCACGUCGGUCUCGCAGGACGUCGAGGAUCACUCGCGGUGGCUGACGCUGAACGAGCCGUGGGAGGAGAUCGUCUGGAAUACUGCACCUCUCGGCGAGCGGGAGGAGGAGCCAGAGGAGGAGGAACUCGAGGAGCUCGACUUUGACGACGAGGAUGAGCAGGCGGAGAAGCAGGCGUUCGAGGAGAUGCUGCAGGGGAUGUCGGACGAGGAGAUCGACGACCUGCUCAAGGAGAUGCAGGAGGCAAUGGCGAAGGAGGACGGGCUGGGCGACAUACCCGAACUCGAUCCGAGCGUGUUUGAGAACCUAGAGCAGGAGCAAGGAGGCGAGACGAGUAGACCGCAUGCGCAUGACGAGCUGUAG